AUGGCGUCCAACAACGCUGCUCCCCUCGCAAGCCAUCAGGACAGUCAGCCGUUGAUUUCUGAACCUUCAGUCGCCCACACCGCCAUUGCCCGGGACAUCGCUUCUUACACUUCUGAUGGCGAUGGUAGUGAUCCCGUAUACUCAACUAGCAAUGUGCUAGGCACUACGCCUCAUUCUUUGGCGGGUUCUUAUCGUCGGCCAUGUCAUUAUACCGCCGGUCCACGUGGAACAGUUGUGCCGCACGGUCAAGACCAAGAUCAAUACCUCUCCAAAGAAGAAUUAGAGCGUGCAUACACAGAGGAGAGGGAUCUGCUCAGCGAUAAUAAUGUCAUCGCGCCCGAAUCUUCGAAAAAGAAUAGAAUGAGCAAUCUAACGAAACAGCUUGGUAGUGCGGCAUUAUCACACCCGGCUUCUCUCCCCCACACCGAUGAAGAGAGCCAACAGGCAUUCGCCCCAGCGCCUACGGAGACUUCGGCUUUGCUGGGAAACCGAGAGGAAUCCCUUGAUAAUAAUGAAAUCGACCGCAAGUGGGAGGAAGCAGUAGCAUCCGGCCUGAUUCAAUCGAGCUGGAAACGAGAAGCUCGAGUAAUCGGCACUUAUUCACUGCCCCUUAUCGUUACGUUCCUACUCCAGUAUUCCUUGACUGUAGCAUCCAUUUUUACAGUGGGCCAUCUAGGGACUGUAGAGCUGGGCGCGGUGAGUCUUGCAAGUAUGACUGUCAGCAUCACCGGGUGGGCUGUCUAUCAAGGCCUUGCCACCAGUCUAGAUACCCUUUGCGCCCAGGCAUAUGGAUCGGGAAGGAAAGAGCUGGUUGGGCUCCAGAUGCAAAGGAUGGUGUUCUUCUUGCUGGUAGUCACUGUGCCGAUUGCCACCAUCUGGCUUUUCGCGGAUAGAAUCUUAGUGGCAAUCAUCCCUGAGGCCGAGGUUGCGAUUCUUGCAGGACAAUACCUCAAGAUUGUAAUCCUAGGUGCCCCGGGAUAUGCCUGUUUCGAAAGCGGGAAGCGAUUCCUCCAGGCCCAAGGCAUAUUCACAGCAUCUCUAUAUGUGCUCCUAGUUUGCGCGCCGCUGAAUGCCUUUAUGAACUGGUUCUUUGUCUGGAAACUCGAAAUGGGGUUCCUCGGAGCUCCGAUUGCUGUCGCCAUUACCGAGAAUCUUCUGCCUCUGUGCCUAUUUCUAUACGUGUACUUUGUCGCUGGCCGGGAAUGCUGGAAUGGCUUCACCUGGAAAGCGUUCCAGAAUUGGGGUCCCAUGAUUCGCCUUGCUUUACCAGGACUUAUCAUGGUCGAGGCUGAAUGUCUCGCUUUCGAGCUCCUCACAUUAAUGUCGUCCUACCUUGGAACAGAAGUGCUUGCUGCCCAGUCCGUGCUCAGCACAAUCAGCAGUAUGACCUUCCAGAUCCCUUUCCCUGUGGCUAUUGCAGGUAGCACGCGCGUCGCGAACCUUAUUGGCGCAACUCUCGUGGACGCUGCUCGCAUAGCUGCCAAAGUCACUUUGACCGGCGCCGUCAUCGUCGGACUUCUCAAUAUGCUACUCCUAUCCUCUCUGAGAUACUCUCUUGCAAGCUUGUUUUCGUCGGACGAAAAAGUCAUCGAGAUAGUUGGCGAUAUCCUGCCUAUUUGUGCGGCUUUUCAACUCUUCGAUGCUCUGGCAGCAUGUUGCAAUGGAAUUCUCCGCGGUAUGGGUCGACAAGAGAUUGGCGGCUACGUACAGGUCUUUUGUUAUUAUGCUGUGGCUAUGCCGAUUAGUAUAGGAACGGCAUUUGGACUUGGAUGGGGCAUUGCGGGAUUGUGGACUGGCGUGGCGAUUGCCUUGGGAUUGGUGUUCUUUAUUGAGGUCGUCUUCAUCAGCAGAACAAGUUGGGAGAGAAGCGUGGAUGAGGCGCAAAAAAGGAAUGCCGUUGCUUAA